UUCAUUGUCUGAGGCGGCAGUGGAGACCCAGGAAAAAUCUCGCUGAAUCCGCCUGCCCCAGCACUGGCCUGCUCUGGGAUCCUCUGAUCCCUUCCGUGACCGCACCACGCCCGAGAUGAAUCUACGUUCUGUAUUUACUGUAGAGCAACAAAGGAUUUUACAGCGUUAUUAUGAAAAUGGAAUGACAAAUCAAAGUAAAAAUUGCUUCCAGCUCAUAUUACAGUGUGCACAGGAGACUAAGCUGGACUUCAGUGUAGUCAGGACGUGGGUUGGCAAUAAGAGAAGAAAAAUGAGUAGUAAGAAUUCCGAAUCAGGAACAACAACAGCAACUGUUUCUGGUACCUCUUUAGCAGCUCCAGACAUUACAGUCAGAAAUGUGGUUAAUAUUGCUCAACCCUCAAGCCAACAGUCUUCUUGGACAUCGGCCAAUAAUGACGUCAUCGUAACUGGUAUAUACAGUCCAGCCAGUUCAGCAAGUAGACAAGGGACAACCAAGUAUACAAAUACACAAAUUACAGAAGCACAUAAAACUCCUAUUCAGAAAACAGCCAGUAAAAAUGAUACUGAAUUUCAGUUGCACAUUCCUGUUCAAAGACAAGUAGCACACUGUAAAAAUGCCUCUUUGCUCCUGGGUGAAAAAACAAUUAUUUUGUCACGACAGACAAGUGUGGUAAAUGCUGGAAACUCAGUAUACAAUCACGCAAAGAAAAACUAUGGGAGCUCUUCAAUACAAGCUUCUGAAAUGACAGUACCUCAAAAGCCAUCUGUGUGCCACCGACCUUGCAAAAUUGAACCAGUUGGGAUUCAAAGGUCAUAUAAGCCUGAACACACAGGUCUGGCAUCACAUAACUUAUGUGGACAAAAGCCAACUAUUAGAGACCCUUACUGUAGAACCCAAAAUUUGGAAAUCCGUGAAGUUUUUUCACUGGCAGUUAGUGAUUACCCCCAGAGAAUUCUGGGGGGCAAUGUUCCACAGAAGCCUAGCUCAGCAGAAGGAACUUGUUUGUCCAUUGCAAUGGAGACAGGAGAUGCUGAGGAUGAAUAUGCCAGAGAGGAAGAGUUGGCAUCGAUGGGAGCACAGAUACCAACCUACUCAAGGUUUUAUGAAAGUGGCAGUUCCCUUCGAGCUGAGAACCAAAGUACAACUUUGCCAGGACCAGGAAGAAAUAUGCCAAAUUCACAAAUGGUGAAUAUCAGAGAUUUGUCAGACAAUGUACUGUAUCAAACUAGAGACUACCAUUUGACACCACGGACCUCAUUACAUACAGCCUCGAGUACAAUGUACAGUACUACAAAUCCAUCACGGAAUAACUUUUCUCCACAUUUUGCAUCAUCAAACCAAUUGAGGUUAUCACAAAACCAAAACAAUUACCAGAUUUCAGGAAACCUUACUGUGCCUUGGAUUACAGGGUGUUCUAGAAAAAGAGCACUACAGGACCGCACUCAGUUCAGUGACCGAGACUUAGCUACCCUUAAGAAGUACUGGGACAAUGGCAUGACAAGCCUGGGCUCUGUUUGCAGAGAGAAAAUUGAAGCUGUUGCAACUGAAUUAAAUGUUGACUGUGAAAUAGUUCGGACUUGGAUUGGGAAUCGAAGAAGGAAAUAUCGUUUAAUGGGGAUUGAAGUUCCACCUCCAAGAGGAGGCCCUGCUGAUUUCUCUGAGCAGUCCGAGUCUGGUUCUUUGUCUGCACUCGCACCAGGAGAAGAAGGUGGGCCUGAAGUAGGAGAAGACAAUGACAGAAACGAUGAAGUAUCCAUCUGUUUGUCUGAAGGAAGCUCUCAAGAAGAGCCCAAUGAAGCUGUUCCAAAUGAGGCCAGGGCUCGUAAGGAGGAGGACCACCAUGCAGAAUCCGCAGAUAAUGUGAAAAUAGAAAUUAUCGAUGAUGAGGAAAGUGACUUGAUAAGUAAUUCAGAAGUAGAACAAGUGAAUUCUCUCUUGGAUUACAAGAAUGAAGAAGUCAGAUUCAUUGAAAAUGAGCUAGAGAUUCAGAAACAAAAAUACUUUAAACUUCAGACUUUUGUUAGAAGCUUGAUACUAGCUAUGAAAGCUGAGGAUAAAGAACAACAGCAGGCACUGCUGUCAGAUUUACCUCCUGAAUUAGAAGAGAUGGAUUUCAAUCAUGCCUCACCGGAGCCUGAUGAUACCUCAUUCAGUGUGUCUUCUUUAUCGGAGAAAAACGCCUCAGACAGUUUGUGAUUUGAGGGGGGGAUAUGUGAUGCAGCCUUUGGGCUGCCUAACAGGUGUGCAUUUCAAGAUAACUGCAUUCUGUUGUCCUGAUGUUCUUCAGUUGGAAAAAUACAUUGUUGAAACAGACAUGUUCUGUGACGGAUGGACAAGAUAUAAUGGCUACCAUGAAAAAAAUGCAUGUGAAAUUUAAAAAGCGUUGUUUGAGUUUUUUCCA